AUGGCAGACCCCAGGCUUUCAGACUUCAACGCCAUUGAGAUGGACGGCCAACCUACUGCGAAGGCGCUGCACACUGUCUCAGGAGCUUCGGUUCAAGACCUUGGUCCUCGAAUCACGCGGCUAACACAAAGUCAUUAUGCAGAUCGCAUCAACGCCGAUAUCUCGCAACUGCUGCAGCGGUUCGAGAACAUCAUGGCUACUGCAACGGUCGAUAACCCCAGUUACACAGCGACUGCCGUCGAGACGUAUCAACUGGAUGUCGAGUCCACUGCUCUGAUCCGUGCCGCAGAGGACAUUCUCGCCUUGACCCGCACGAUGAAAGAGACCUGGCUCUUCGGCAAGCUCGACACCCUCGGUGAGGAUGAUCGUGAUGUCCAGCGCCGUGAAAAGCUUGAGAAGGAUGUUCUCGCAGUUCAGAAUGCCAUCGAGGAGGGAGGGCUCCUGAAGAUAUCUCCAGAGAAAUAG